CAUAACACUGAAAUUAACAUUGACAGUCACAGUUUCGAUGCAAUCGAAUAUCGAUAACAAGUUAUUCGCGCACUGACCCACUCUGGCAACGUCAUACAUCUUCCCAAGUACUAAACACCAAAAUUGUACACCAGCUGUUUGCAGCGCCAAAAUAUAUUCUCAGAUAUUAAACUCCAUUUUAGCUAGUUGAAUAAACAUGUCGGUCGCGGACACUCUGGAGUACAUUACCCUUGGCAAUCCCAUCAGUCGUACGCUCAUCAGUUCAUCGUCAUCAAUUUUGCGUGCGAUAGGACUGCGUCCAAAGAAUAUACCUAUGAACGAUACCCCGAUGGGAGUGCCAAUUCAGGUCCAACCUUUAAAUGUCUCGAUGCACGGCAUUGUCGGCAGUCACUAUAACUUUGUGCGUAUUGCCGGCUUGGGCGGUGCAUCGGCCAUUUUUAUGGGCGCCUAUUGUAAGUACUUUCUGAAGGAUGUCCACGAUCCCAAGGAGCAGCUGGAGUCACAGGCUUUUGCUGAUGUUGCCAAUCGCAUACAUUUUCUACAUUCAUUCGCACUCAUGUGCAUGCCUCUGGCACAUUAUCCAAUCUUUACUGGCGUUUUGAUGACCAUGGGCACCGUACUCUUCUCCGGCUGCAUGUAUUAUCGUGCUCUGACUGGGGAGAAGCGACUGCAGCACUAUGCCACCAUUGGGGGCUUCUGUUUGAUUGGCGCCUGGCUGUCGCUGGUGGUCUAGAUUUGAUAUAUACGCACAUGAUAUGAUAGUUAAUAGAAAUACAAUGGCACACAAUUAUCUACAUAUAUAUAUAAAAUCAACUAAAGCUAAA